AUAAUCCCAUACAGGUUUAGGCCAUGGGAUAGUCUUAACUACAAGGUUACAAUCUCUAGAAAGACAAAAGAAGAAGAGGCAACUGCACACACAGCCUACAUCCAAUCAAGGAUAGGAGACAACUUUACAGCAAUCUACUCUGACGCCUCUAAGAUCAAAGAGGGAAAAGGCAUAGGAGUAGGCGUAGUA